ACACAGCAGCAUGUUAUUGCUGGCAGGAGAGUGAUUUGUGUGUUGUUUACAUACAGGCCUCUCCCCUGUCAGUGUUACUUGGCGAUCGCCGGGUGCCGGCGGGGAAUCUACAGUCGGGACCCGGUGAUUGACAUCUGUAGCCGCCAAUGGCAGCACUGAUUGGCCAAUAGUGGUCACAUGAAUAGUAGUAAGCAAGAUGUCACUUCUGACAUCAUUGCUUACUACUAGUGAAAUCUGUGAAUGAUCACAGAGGUCACAAGGUACAAGGCUAUUCACAACAGCCUUGUACCAUGCGACAAGCUGUGACCAAUCACAGCUCUCACAGUA